AAGCUAUGCUAGGUUAAGGCAUUAAACUAACUUUAAAUUCGCAUUUCAAAAAUUCCUCAAAGAGAAAGAUCGCAUGUAAGGUUAUUCGACUAGAAAAAUGUAAAUACUCAAAAAUAAAGCCAAGGUUUACAUAAGUUAAAAACUUUGAAUUUUGGCCAAUGUCUCGAUGUGAAGGAUAAAUACUUAAUGUGUGUAUGGGAUAAUACUCAAAGCCCAGUCGAUUAAUGCCAAGCUCCGAGAAUAUUGAUGAGAAACAAUUAAUUAGCAUAACCUCCGAAAAAUACUUUACAAAAUGUAGUUGACUUUUUCAAUUCCCUCAGUUACAAUUUGAGUUCAAACAAUUACACAAAGAAACUUAAAAAGUUAAAAAAAAAUAUUUAAAGCAUGAAAGGUUACGAGGAGGUGAUCUUCACCGACCAGCUGUUGCACCACCGAUGUGUGGGCCAACAGAUCCAGGCAACUCGAGAAGCCUGGGAAAGAAACUGUGCGUGGUUUCCAGUUGCUCAAAGGAAAAUGUAUGCCAGGUACCCGGAGAUCUAUGAAGAGUGUUUGGAAAAGUACGGCAACGAUCACUUUGAGUACUAUGCGAACCGGAUUCGGAUGAGAGGCCAGUACCGGGUCAAAACCAAAUCGUACUUGGAGCGACAGCUUAAGGAAUCGGAGAUAUCGAUGGACCACAUAAAAGACUACGUGGUUUCCCCUACGACGAACGGGGAAUACGGCAGUAUCCUGCCUAUGAAGCUCUUCUAUUGCUUAUAGACCUUUAUGUGGUCUAUCGGUAGCUUCGAAUCCUUUCACUGUCGAAUCAAACUGCAACUUCAUGCAAUAAAUCCAGGUUCUCCUGGGGUAUUCAGUA